AUGGCAAAAUCUGGAACAUUGACUACACCAAAUGCUGGAGAGGAUAUGGAGCAACAGAAGCUCUGGUAUACUGCUGAUGGGAAUAAUCUUCCAUCAAAGGUCUCCAAGACUCCCUACCAGGUAUUCGUGAGCUUCUUCCUCCUUUUUACUGGAGGAGAAGCAGCCUGUGAAGCCAGGGACAACUUACAAACAGAGAGUUUUGGAGAAAAUGAUUCCAGCUUAGGAUCCAAACUUAGACCAGGGCAUAACAAAGAGCUCUACUGUGAAAAAGAAUCCAGACAUGGAGAUGAUGGCAACGUGGAAAGUGGAGGGACAGCAAGUUUACCAAAGCUUAUCUUCAUGAGACUGGGAUACAUGACAGCAGGUGAAACAGUUGACUCCAGCAUCUCAAAUAGUUUUGCUGCCCCAAACGGGGUGAUUCACUAUUCACUUGACCCAGAAAACCCAACAAAAUUAUGCAAAUCAAGAGGUUCAAACCUUCGUGUUCACUUUAAGAACACCUGUGAAACUGCCCAGGCCAUCAAGGGUGUGCAUACCAAGUAUCUGAAGGAUGUCACUUUACAGGAGCAAUGUGUGCCAUUCCGUCGUUACCAUGGUGGAGUUGGUAGGUGUGGCCAGGCCAAACAGUGGGGCUGAUUGCAGGGUCAGUGGCCCAAAAAGAGUGCUGAAUUUUUGCUGUACAUGAUUGAAAAUGCAAAGAGUAAAGCUGAACUUAAGGGUUUAAAUGUAGAUUCUCUGGUCAUUGAACACAUCCAGAGCAAAGCUCCCAAGAUGACUCGCAGAACUGACAGAGCUCGUAGGUGGAUUAACCCCUACAUGAGCUCUCCCUGCCGCACUGAGAUGAUCCUCACUGAAAAAGCAUAAAUUUUUCCUAAACCGGAAGAGCAGGUCACACAGAAGAAAAAGAUAUCCCAGAAGAAACUGAACAAACAAAAACUUAUGGCCCAGGAGUAA